GUUCAGGCAGGGCCAAGAGAAACAUGUUGAAGAAUUUAAUCCUGUCUGUUCAAACCUGCAUUAUAGCAAAGGAAAGAACAGGUUCACCAUUUUUUAUUCUUUUUUUUUCUUGCUGGAGCUGCUGCCGACCUGCGGGCGCUGUGAUGUAGGCUGCUGCGGGAGCUUUUCAGCAAUCCUGGACUGCAUCGCCUCGGGGAGAGACUGGACGUCCUGGGCUAUUACAGCACAUCCUCCUUCACACGCUUGUUAGCUGAGGAGUGUGCUCACCCCCUGAACACAUAGGAAAUACAUAUUGAAUCCCUCUGUCACGUUCUGCUGCUUUGUUUCUGUCCGUUUCUGUCCUCAAAACGAGUCCUGCUCGCGCCACGGUGCUCUCCAAACAUUCGGCAUCAGCGCAGAUAUUGUCUCUCUGCAGCAUUUAGAGAAGUGAACUUUCCCCAUAGGAACCGCUGAACCAGCAGGGCGUCGGUGCGUUGCUUUAGGUCACACUGACAGUAGAUGGUAGAAUUAAAUUGUGUUAAAUUCACUUAGCGUCUGUUAGAGAUCAUUUAGCUUUAUAAUUGUGGAUGUUUAUGUGAAUGUCCAGAGAGUAAUACAGUAAAAUGAGAAAACUUUACACAUUGUAAAUAUCACACACUGUAUUUUUCAUUGCUGCUGCAAACAGUACGUUCUCUGUUAUAACUGCUCUUGAGGCCUGCACUUUAACAGAAACAUUUAGCCAUUAGCAGUUUCAGAGAAAUCAUGGCUGGCCUUUAAAGUCAAAGCUGUACUCUGGAAAACUAUGACAUUUUGUGACUGAAUUGGACCCUACAGGUUUGAGCCUUUCGUUCACUCUAGUUCUGGUAAAAUUGCUGCAGUUCUAAUGCAGUUAUACUGACUUUGAAGGUCUUUAAUGAACUUUUGUUAGUCUGUUGGUAAAGAACAGGCCUGUAGGAGUGAUGGGAUUCUGCGCAGUGUGUGAAACUGCAGACUUUACAGUCAAAACAUAACAUUUACUAUCAUACUACAGUAUGACUUGCUCAUUAAUGUCACUUAAUACUCACUUAUUGGGAUGAUUACACUGUUUUAAUAAAAAAUAAUAAAAAAAAAAAAAAAAAGAAUUACAUUCUGCAUUAGCUUUUACUUCUUAUACUGUCAUGAUUUUAUUUUGAAGGCUCAGCCCAAAGCAAUUCACAAGACUAAUUUCAGGAAAUUGCAGCCAGCACAAUACGUCUGAACUCAAAUCAGUCCUCAAACAUGUAAUCAGUUCAGAUUGGGCUCAAAAUGUGAUUUUUUUGUUUGUUUGUGAGUUUUCCAGUUUCCAUUAAGAUUCCAUGCAGCUUGUCAUUUGUAGGCAGCAGAGUGUUGAACGUUGAUCCUCACCUUCUUGCAUGAUGAUUGUCUUGAUGAUUUCUGGCAUUAGAGCAGCAGUAAAGUUUGUUUUAAAGACUUUGUUUUCUUUCAUUCGAACCAGUUCCAUCACAAUGUUUGGAUUUAGGCAGAGACUCAGUAAUUUAAUGUCAUUUAUUGCUGAUAUUCAACAGUUGUGUUGAAAGUAUGUGCCCUGUGAAAACUCACUUCUUCUUUAUUCUGAAGAUUGGAUCUGUUGCUCUGUCAGCUGUUUUCCUUAACCAGCUGUGUUUCCACAUGGUUUGAACGUGUCAGUAUGAUGGUGAUCCUGUUGAACUGCGUCACCCUGGGGAUGUACCAGCCCUGUGAGAACAUCGACUGCUCCUCGGACCGAUGCCAAAUUCUACAGGCCUUUGACGCGUUCAUCUACAUCUUCUUCGCUCUGGAGAUGGUCAUAAAGAUGGUCGCCUUGGGAAUCUUCGGCCGCCGCUGUUACCUCGGGGACACGUGGAACCGGCUGGAUUUCUUCAUCGUCAUGGCAGGGAUGGUUGAAUACUCGCUGGACCUACAGAACGUCAACUUCACCGCCAUCAGAACAGUGAGAGUACUUCGGCCUCUCAAAGCUAUAAACAGGGUGCCAAGCAUGCGUAUCCUGGUCAACCUGCUUCUGGACACUCUGCCCAUGCUGGGUAACGUCCUCCUCCUCUGCUUCUUCGUCUUCUUCAUCUUCGGCAUCAUCGGGGUGCAGCUGUGGGCGGGGCUGCUGAGGAACCGCUGCUACCUGGAGGAGAACUUCACACUCACUACGGGCAUCAGUCUGCCUCGGCCCUACUACAUGCCCGACGAGGAUGACGAGCGGCCCUUCAUCUGCUCCCUGCCGGUCGACAACGGCAUCAUGUCCUGCUCCGACGUCCCGGCUCGCCGCGAGGGAGGCAGGACGUGCUGCCUGGACAAAGACGACGCCCUCUACCGCCAGUCGCUGGGCCUGAGCCCCGAGCCUCUGGCCAACGGGAGCGUCAGCGUAGCGGGGCUCUGUGUCAACUGGAACCAGUACUACACCAGGUGUCAUACUGGGCACAGCAACCCGCACAAAGGAGCCAUUAACUUUGACAACAUUGCCUAUGCUUGGAUUGUCAUCUUCCAGGUGAUCACUCUGGAGGGAUGGGUGGAGAUCAUGUACUAUGUGAUGGACGCGCAUUCAUUCUACAACUUCAUCUACUUCAUCUUACUGAUUAUUGUGGGUUCCUUCUUCAUGAUCAACCUGUGCCUGGUCGUCAUCGCCACCCAGUUCUCGGAGACCAAGCAGAGGGAGCAUCAGCUGAUGCAGGAGCAGCGAGCUCGGUGUUCGUCCUCCUCCACCCUCGCCAGUGAACCCGGGGACUGCUACGAAGAGCUGUUCCAGCUGGUCUGCCACGUCCUCCGCAAGGCCAGGAGACAAACUGUCGCCCUCUUCAACACCCUGCGGGGGAAGCCCCGUGGCUUUCGGGGUGUCGGGCGAGGUAGAGGAGGGGGAGAGGGGAGGGAGAGGAAAGCCAACGGACGAGGGAGGCGUGAGAGGAAAGCAGUGUUGAGGCACGGUCCUCCCUGCCCCCACCAUAACAAACCUGACCACACCUCCCCCGCUGAGCCCAUGGCCCUCGCCGCCGCCUCUGCCUCUGAGGGCUGCCGUCAGUGCGCCGCCGCCGCUUCGCUCACCGACGGCGUCGGACCCGUUCGCAGUGCAGCCAGCGGGGAGGCAGAGGAGGGAGCCGUGGAGGAGGCGGACAGGGAGGGGGCACAGUCUGGUGGUAAGGAGAAGGGCAAGAAAGGCCAGGAUGGCGCAGAGAACCAUGGGGGCUGCAGUCCUAGGAAGCGAUGCGCGGAUCUGUGGUACGAGACGAGGAGGAAGCUGUGGGGCAUCGUGGAGAGCAAGUACUUCAACCGGGGCAUCAUGAUCGCCAUCCUGAUCAACACCAUCAGUAUGGGCAUCGAGCACCACGAGCAGCCAGAGGAGCUCACCAAUGUUCUGGAGAUCUGCAACAUCGUCUUCACCAGCAUGUUCUCCUUGGAGAUGAUCCUCAAACUGACGGCUUUCGGUUCAUUCAGCUACCUGCGAAACCCCUACAAUGUCUUUGACGGAGUCAUCGUCAUCAUAAGUGUGUGUGAGAUCGUCGGCCAAUCUGACGGCGGUCUGUCUGUGCUGAGGACCUUCAGGCUGCUGCGGGUGCUGAAGCUGGUGAGGUUCAUGCCAGCCCUGAGGAGACAGCUGGUGGUCCUCAUGAAGACCAUGGACAACGUGGCCACCUUCUGCAUGCUCCUCAUGCUUUUCAUCUUCAUCUUCAGUAUCCUGGGGAUGCACAUCUUUGGCUGUAAGUUCAGUCUCAAGACAGAGACCGGUGAUACAGUACCAGACAGGAAGAACUUUGACUCCCUCCUCUGGGCCAUUGUCACUGUUUUCCAGAUUCUGACCCAGGAGGACUGGAACGUGGUUUUGUACAAUGGUAUGGCAGCUACUUCACCCCUCGCAGCUCUUUACUUUGUGGCCCUCAUGACUUUUGGAAACUACGUCCUCUUCAACCUGCUGGUGGCCAUCUUGGUUGAAGGCUUUCAGGCAGAGGGAGACGCCAAUCGCUCUUACUCGGACGACGACCGCUCCUCUUCCAACUUUGACGAGAGCGAGAAACACGACUCCAUAAAGUUGUCAGACCCGAGGAUCUGCACCUUGACGCCCAAUGGCCAUCUGGAGCUGGGUGCUCGUUCGGGACCCAGGGGAUCCUAUUCCUCAGAGAGGCGGAGCUUCACCGUGGAGUCCAGAAAGAGCAGUGUGAUGAGCCUGGGCAAGAGCAGCCUGGAGAGACGCUCCCUCUCUCUGCGCCACAGCCGCAGUUCCAACUACCACAACUGGGGACGGCCUUUCCAUCCACACUCUGCGUGGAGCCGCAGGUCUAGCUCAAACAGCCUGGGCCGGAGGAGCUACGGGUUUGGGGGGGCGCCUCUGGUAGGAGGCAGCCUCCGCGUGCACAGCACCCGCUCCCCCCACUCCUACGCCUACGCCGCUGAGCAGGAGUCCCUUCUGUCCCACUCGCCCCACUCCCAUCAUCCCCUGCUGCCUCAUCAUCCACCACCACCGCCGCUGUUCCUCUCCAGACACUUUGCGGCGAGGAGGGAUCGGCGGGCUCUCUCCCUGGAGCUCCCAGAGCUGCUUCGGGCAGGCGGACAGCCCCUGGGCCUGCCCCCCGUCCACCCGGACCCCGGGAGGAGGAGUGGGUCCGGGGCGGGGGGGUCCAUCACCGCAGGGUCCGGGGCUGGGAGUGGUUUUGGAGUGGACCACCGGGACUGUAACGGCAAGGCCCACACCCAUCUGAUGGCCGAGGUUUUCCCUCAGGUCAAUGCGCGCAAGGACAGAGCGGACCUCGAUGAAGAGACGGACUAUAGUCUGUGCUUCCGUAUCCAGAAGAUGAUGGAGGUGUACAAGCCGGACUGGUGUGAAACCAGAGAGGAGUGGUCCGUCUACAUGUUCUCCCCUCAGAACAAGUUCAGAUUGCUCUGUCAGUCCAUUAUCGCCCAUAAGCUCUUUGACUACGUGGUCCUGGUUUUCAUCUUCCUCAACUGCAUCACGGUGGCUCUGGAGAGGCCAAAGAUUCUGCAGGGCAGCCUGGAAAGAGUGUUUCUCACCAUUUCCAACUACAUCUUUACUGCCAUUUUUGUUGCCGAGAUGACGGUCAAGGUGGUGUCCAUGGGUCUGUACCUGGGGGAGAGGGCCUAUCUCAGGAGCAGCUGGAACAUACUCGACGGUUUCCUGGUCUUCGUCUCUUUGAUUGACAUCGUGGUUUCCAUGGCGGGCGGGGCUAAGAUCCUGGGGGUGCUUCGUGUUCUCAGGUUGCUCCGGACGCUGCGUCCCCUCAGGGUGAUCAGCAGGGCUCCAGGUCUGAAGCUGGUGGUUGAGACCCUCAUCACGUCCCUCAAGCCCAUCGGCAACAUUGUUCUCAUCUGUUGCGCCUUCUUCAUCAUUUUUGGCAUCCUUGGUGUUCAGCUCUUCAAAGGCAAGUUCUACUACUGUGUGGGCUUCGACGUGAAGAACAUCACUAACAAAUCCGACUGUCUGGCUGCCAACUAUCGAUGGAUUCACCACAAAUACAACUUUGACAACCUCGGACAGGCUCUGAUGUCCCUGUUUGUGCUGGCCUCCAAAGACGGAUGGGUCAAUAUCAUGUACCAUGGUCUGGAUGCAGUGGGAAUUGACCAGCAGCCUGUAACCAACAACAAUCCGUGGAUGCUGCUCUACUUCAUCUCCUUCCUCCUGAUCGUCAGCUUCUUCGUCCUCAAUAUGUUCGUGGGCGUGGUGGUGGAGAACUUCCACAAGUGUCGGCAGCACCAGGAGGUGGAGGAGGCCAGGCGCCGCGAGGAGAAACGCCAGCGCCGCAUGGAGAAGAAGAGGAGAAAGGCCCAGAAGAUGCCCUACUACGCCUCCUACGGCCGCGCCCGCCUGGCCAUCCACACUCUGUGCACCAGCCACUACCUGGACCUGGUCAUCACCUUCAUCAUCUGCAUUAACGUCAUCACCAUGUCCCUGGAGCACUACAGCCAGCCACAGUCUCUGGAGACUACACUGAAGUACUGCAACUACUUCUUCACCUCCACCUUUGUGAUUGAGGCCUCUCUCAAACUGGUCGCCUUUGGCUUCCGACGCUUCUUCAAGGACAGGUGGAACCAGUUGGACCUGGCCAUUGUGCUGCUGUCAGUGAUGGGCAUCACCCUGGAGGAGAUUGAGAUCAACGCCUCCCUCCCCAUCAACCCAACCAUCAUCAGGAUCAUGAGGGUGCUCAGGAUUGCACGAGUGUUGAAGUUGUUGAAAAUGGCAACUGGGAUGAGAGCUCUGCUAGACACAGUGGUCCAGGCUCUUCCUCAGGUGGGAAACCUCGGUCUGCUCUUCAUGUUGCUGUUCUUCAUCUACGCUGCUCUGGGGGUGGAGCUGUUUGGAGAGCUGGUCUGUAACGCCGACUACCCCUGUGAGGGAAUGAGCCGCCACGCCACAUUUGAGAACUUCGGAAUGGCCUUCCUCACGCUCUUCCAGGUUUCUACCGGGGACAACUGGAAUGGCAUCAUGAAGGACACGCUGAGGGAGUGCCCGCCGGGCCAUACUGGCACUGACUACGGCUGCCACGCGGGACUGCAGUUCAUCUCGCCGAUGUAUUUCGUGUCCUUCGUGCUCACGGCUCAGUUUGUCCUGAUAAACGUGGUGGUGGCCGUGCUCAUGAAGCAUCUGGACGACUCCAACAAGGAGGCGCAGGAGGACGCCGAGAUGGACGCCGAGAUCGAGCUGGAGCUGGCCCAGGGAGGCCUCUGCUGCAUGAUGGGAGGCAUCGGGGCCAUCGCCGGGGCCACGGGUGGCGCUGCGAGCGGGGCGAGCGCCGGCGGGGGAGCGGCUGGUGUGAUUGCAGCGGGGACAGCCGGGGGUCCGGGCGCCGGGGUGAUGGUACCACUUCAAGAUGGAGGAGGAGGAGGGGGGGGGGGAGGAGGAGGAGGAGGAGGCAGUGCAGCUCAUGAGGGACAAACCAACCAUCGAUGUCGACUCUACUCUCCCGCUCAGGAGAGCCAGUGGCUGGACAGUGUAUCUCUGCUGAUUAAGGACUCGUUGGAAGGAGACAUGAUUGACAACCUGUCCGGUUCGGUUUUCCACCACUACUGCUCUCCUCCUGUCUGCAAGGACUGUAAGAGUCAUCCACAAGAGAUCCGAUUGGCGGAGGUGGAGCAGGCGUCCCUGAUGUCAGAGCAGCUGUCAGACAAGUCGUCAUCUCCGGCGCUGCCCGAUGACCUCAGCCUGGACGAACACAGCAGCUACCAGCUGCUGGUCAGAGACAGCCAGAGGGGCAGCAGUGACUCCCACAGUUCGGAGGAGUUGCCCACACGGAGGGGCUACAGAGGGCUCCGUCCCUCCAGCUCAGGAAGCGAGGAGGGGGUCCAGGAGUUGUUUGAGGUGGGCGUCCAUCCUCAGUUGAACCCUCCCUCGCUGGAGAACCAAAGCCCGGCACGUUGCACAGAUGGUGAUGGAGGAAGUUGCAGUGGAGGUGGAGGCGGGUCUUCGCCCAUCUUCCACCUGCCAGCAGACUUCUUCCACCCAGCGGCCGCGGCUCAUCCGGGCAGUCCCGGUAACGGCGUCAGCCCAGGAGACAGGGGGCCAUCCAGGUUGGCCUCCCCAGCAUCCUGGGCCUCCCUUCGCUCACCCGGAGCCAACGGCAGGCCCCUGAGCUCUCAGCACCCGUCCCACAGCGACUCCUCCCUGGCUACGAGCAGUUCAGAGGGCAGCCUGCAGACCACUCUAGAGGAGGGUCUCAGCUUCAGCGUCUCCCCGCCCCGGGACCUGGAUCUCCCUGCGCCUCUCCUCUGCCCCCUCCCUACCCACAACCCACAGGAACCAGCCACAGGAGACCAGGGCAACCCUUUACUAAAGAGACGCAGCACUACCUUCACCCUCCAAGCCACCAGGGGGCACCAGAGGAGCCAGAGCAGCUGCGGCGGUGGCAGCACCAGCCCCGGCUGUCCCCGGCAAGACUCCAUGGACCCCUCAGACGAGGAGGUGGGCACGGGGACAGGCGGAGACGGCUGCCGUCAGAGCUUUAACAGCGAACACUUGUCAGAAACACUGAACAGCCUCUCGCUGACGUCGCUGCUCACCCCGGGCUCUCUGGCACCCCCGCUGGUGAAGAAAUGUAACAGCACAGGCUCUCUGGACCAGACCAAUCUAUCCGCCCGCAGCAAAGACGGACGCCACUUCUGCGGCAUAGAUGCCCACGGCUACUUGUCCAACCGCUGGACGGAAGGAAGGGCGGGUGGUAAGGAGGAGGACAGUGAAAUCACAGGCUUCAGCAUGAAAAGCAGCAGCCGAGCCACAGACACAACCUCCAGGAAAAACAGAUGAAACACUCGUUGCCUCUCUGUAGUGUAACUCUUUCUACAUUUGCAUUUCUGGACCUUCAACAGAACAGGGAGAGACUUUUAUUACACGACCUCUCAACCCAAUUCUGAAAUUCUGUCUCGUCUUUGAAUUGUCUUUUCUCUCUCUUUCCUCCCUGGAUCUGGCUGCGUGGGAUCAGUCAUUUCUCAAAAGAUUACAGUUUCUUCUGAGUUUUGGCAUCCUCUCAUUUCCACAGGAUAUGUGGUUGCGGUUUGAAAGGACCUAACAGUAAUGACAGGGGGAGGCUUAGCCUUUUAGCAUCACCAGGAUCCAGCCUGGCGGUCCUGGGGCUUUACAUUUGAGCCAUGCUGAAACAUGGAAUAUUGGGGAAGCCAUUAGAGAGACGAGCGUGAAACCUCACAGUGACUGAUGAACAUUACUGAGGUGAUGUUAUUCAGAUGAAACUGAUAAAAAAAAAAAAAAAUUACAUUUUCUCUAAGGAACAGAGCUUGCUCAACCCAACGUGCCCUCAAGCUUUGUGCAAAAACAGUGUUGUCAAUAUUGGACAGAUGGCAAAACCCUGAUGCUUCUUUUGAGGACGAACUGAACUUUGUACAGUUGUUUUUUUUGUUUGUUUGUUUGUUUGUUUGUUUGUUUUGUCACAUCCAUCGCUAACAGUAGCAUCAGCCUUUUUUUCCUCUCUAGCAGAUUCGGUGAGAAACAGAAAAUGGAAAGGUCGCGUAUUUUCUGUGUUCUUUUGCAACUUCAGUGUGUUGGAGUUGUGCGAAUGUAGACAUGUCUGUCUCUGUUUGUGGGGGAGAGGGAGACCAAGACAAGCCAGGCCAGCCUGAACACUGACGAAGAACCUCUUUGAAUAGAAGAAUGGAAAUGUGACAGCUGCUGAGAAUACAUGUGGGUUGUUGGUGGAAGCGUUAGCCACUUUCAGAGUGGACUCUCUUUCUACAAACCCAUGAAAGGGCUAAAAUGUAUUGAGGGCAGACCUGGGCCAAAUACUAAUGUAAAGUGUUUGAAAAGCUUUUUCUCAUGCUAAUAAUGUAUACAGAUUCUCAUUUUACAAUUUGAACUUUCUCAUCUUCCUCACACUCAUGAUAAGUGGGUCGUGGUGUUUCCCACAGGUCCUAAAUAUACUUUACAAGUCGGGAUAAACAAAGUAUUAUAAAAACAAUUUAAUAUAAUAUGUACAUUGAAAGCUUUACAACAGUUGGAGUCAUCCGGUUUGUCCCUGAAUUCUCCAGCUUCACCCACUGAGCCGCAUUUGAACAUUUGUUUCCUGCGUUAAGUGGCUCAAAGAUGAAAACUUCCGUCAGUAUAUAUGUAUAGAGUUACUACAGGACACCGGGACUCAUCAUAUCCGUCAUUGCUGAUCCGAAGAUUCUUCCAUCUCCCGACCUGUUGCCGUUAGAAACCCAGACUGGGCUUUUAAGUCAAACUCCCAGAGAGCUACAGAAACUGGGGAAUACCAGUGUUAGUUGUCUGAGUAAAUGUUGCCACUUGAAAUUACGUCAAUUAAGAAAAAAAACUUGCAAAUGUCGCAUAAGAAGUGAAAUGGAAACACCUUUUCUGCAUUUAUCUGCAGCUAUUGCGGUGGAUGCGACCGUCCCAACAAUUUAUCAGAUGCUGGAAAUCCAUCGCCAUGUUUAACUGGAAUGAUAUCACAAGAGGAGAAAAAAAAAAAAACAGUUUUAUUUGCAUAAUAUCACUCAAUGGAAACGCAGACCAAUCACAUUUGCGUUCUGUCAACUUUUGUAAAAGGAAAAGAAAAUAUUGCUUCAAUUUUUGCACAAAACUGCUAUAGAAACGCAGCUUGUGACACAUACAUUACACUCAAGGCAAUAAAACUAGAUCAAAUCAACAGCAUCACAAACUACCCCCGGGUCUGUAAGUGCGCUGCUGGAUUCGGAGCAAGCUGGAUGGCAUCAAACUGCCUUCAUCAGCAUUUACUGUUGUUAUAUGGCCCCAAAAUAUAUCUGAACAGCUGUUAGUGUAUGUUAUAUGUUCAGCAAGUUACUGAUGGGAGACACUAGGUGAGGGUCUGGUGGGUGGGAUUCACAGGUUUUGUUUGCUGCAUGAAACCCAAAAGAUUAUUUGACUCAGGUCUGCUUGAGUGUAGCAAGAUAUUAAAAAAAUACCCAAUUCUACGGCAAGCAACGUGGUCCAAGUUGGUGUAAUUUUUAACUUUGGGCACUUGUUUGACAAAAUGUAAUCACCCAUCUUAUAACAUAGUUGUGUCACAAUCUUUUUAAAAAAACCCAGAGCAGGUGGACCUCAGGUGGACCUAUGUGCACUCACACACACACACACACACACACACACACACACGUAGCUUCAUACAUGACACACACGCUGUCUCACACACAAACAGCCACAUAUAUCAGACAAAGAUGUCACUGUCAGAACACUGCAGGGUGUUUCUGUCGUUGUGUGAGGCCAGACAGAAGAAACCUCAGUGUUUAUCUCUUUCUCUACUUUGUCUUCAUUCCCCUCUUAUUCCCAUUCAAUUGUAUUAUCUCCCCUCCACAGGGAAGCCAGAGUAUUAAAUGACUAUUGACCGCCACCCCCAUCCUCUAUUCGAGAUAUGCAAUAUGCUACAGUAGAUGUACAGUUAGAUGUAUGAGACUCGUAUAGAUAGGCAAUAUGGUGAGAGAAGAUUAUAUUUAUGAAUUCAUGUAUUAGAAUAAAAUGUCACUGAGAUUCAAAGGUCACUGAAAGGAUGAUGAUGUAUUCAUGUAUUCCAGAGUGUUGGAGUGUGUGUUUUCUCUUUUUCCCCUCCAUCUCCCCCGAGCUGAUUUUCUUUCUCCAAAAUGCAUGUGGGUUCUUUUUCUUUCUGUUUUCUCAAUGUCAUUCUAGUGUCAUAUAAAAGUGAGAUAGAUUUUCAACA